AUGCUUUCGAAUGUGAGUUAUAGUGAAUUAUACGAAAACAAUGAUAGUAAUGAAUUCUUACCUUUUCAAAAAAUUCCUUCAGAUUUUAUGUAUAUAUUAGAAUCUAACGUUUUUAGUCUAGAUAGUAAUAAUAAAAAAAAUACACUUGAUUUAGAAGUAGAUAGGUGGGGAGAAUUUGCAUGUUGGGCGCAUUUUUUUAUAGGACCCAACUUCAAAAAAAAGUUUCGCAACUAUUGCCAUCAUUUAUGGUAUAAAAUUGAGCAUGCAUACCUAAGUGCAAAAGAUCAAAAUAAAACCCUUGAACAUAAUAUUCAUGAAAUAUUACAACAAAACCCACAGGAUAAACUUAAUAUCGCAGAGGAUAUGACGAAGAGAGUUAUCGAGUCAGAUAGGAAUAGCAAUGAGGAUGAUAAUGAAGAUGAACAAGUGCCAAAAUAUCUCCCCCCUAAAUUAGGCUCUUGA